UCAUGACAUAAAGUAGUUGCUUUCCACCAAGCUCAUGGCUCAUUGAUUGAUCCAUUGCCAGCUCCCAGACGUUGUUGGCCCAUCUGCAACAGCCAUUAAGAUGUUUAUUGAGAAGUGAAUAUGCUCGUCAAAGAGGCUACCCGUGUUUUAUCUUCACGCGCUGACCUCGUCGCCCAUGGGGCCUCUUUGCCCAUAACUUGCACAACGCCGUUGUCGUCAUCGACAUCGCCGUCAUCACCAUUGUCUACUAAGAACCAGCAACCACGAGCACAUCGUGGUCAACAUAUGGGCUUUCCAGCGCGGGAUGUGAAGCUAGCACCGCUGUUAGAGUGUAAUCGUCCCUUUACUCGCUGCUACGCUUCCGCCUCCCAGCCUUCCCACAGUCGCCCGUCUAGCGCUCCUCCAGAUUAUACCUGGCCGACCUCAGUCCAUCCGACACCCUACGAGAUACUCGCGCAGCCUAAAGAUGCGCGGUAUGACAAGGCCUUGUUCUACCAGCUGGUGAAGAUUUACCAUCCAGAUAGGAACUACGCAGCUGCUGAUUCGCCAAUCCCACUCGCUGUACGACUAGAGCGAUAUCGCCUAGUAGUGGCCGCAAAUGAGAUCUUGAGCGACGACGCCAAGCGAAGGGCAUACGACCUGUACGGCGCCGGCUGGCGCGGUAAUCGUACACUGGAGAGUCUCUAUCGUGAAGCUGACCGGUCGUGGCGGAACGAGCCGGGCAAUGCGAGUAGGAACGCUACCUGGGAAGACUGGGAGAGGUGGCGGUGCGAGAGGAACGGUGAAAAGCCGCCCCAAACCCCUGUAUACAUGUCUAACGAGCUUUUUGUUAUCGUGUUAUGCGCUUUUGUGAUUCUAGGGAGCUACGCACAAGCACAACGAGUUACCAACCAUACCGUGAAUAUUGUUGAGUUACGCGACCAGAAGCACGCCGCUAUUAGUGACGACUUGAGGCGGCGGCAAGACCAACAAUCACCCCUCAACCGACACGAAAGGGUAGAAAACUUUUUGCGACAGCGCAACUUGGACAUACCAACUACGGCAAAUUGUCCAGUAUCUGACCCCUGUUAGUUGGUGGUAUUGACGUUUGAGCGUCCGUCAGUUCCAACUUGAAUGACUGGAAUGUUGCAGCCUCUGCGGGUGGAACA